AAUCAGCCGUGUGAUAGGGCGGAGGAGCUGCCUGCAAAGAGCCUGAGGAGAAGGGGAAACAAAUUCAUUCACAGUGAAGCCGCUGGUGGUUAUUUUUAGGGUGGAGGUGGUGACUGGCAGCAGACGCCUUUGCAAACAUUCUCAUCGCAUCGCUCCACCUCGAAUUAACGCAGGAUGUCAGCGUAAAGCCGUGCGUAAAGAAGAAGCUGCGUGCGGCACGGCAGAAAGGAGACGUUUUACAGGCAAUUUCACCUCAAUCCUGGAGGAAAAAUUUUCCACUCUUCUCAUUGCAAACGACGCAGCCGGUGUUCCUGAUUUCUUGCUCAGACUGUUCGUGGAUCAGCGUUGUUGUUGUUGCUGUUGAGGAUACAUUUGUUGGUUUUUAUUAUUAUUAAUAAUAUUAUUAUUUUUGGGGAGCGAGCUGCUUCCAUCGGGUGCAGAGCAAAGAGAGAGGAGAGAGAGAGAGAGAGCAUCAGAUCCACCCAGCAAAGAUGGCGAAGGCAGACCAGCGUUUCGGCCAGCGGGACGGCUCCGACCAGAACUUUGACUACAUGUUCAAGCUGCUGAUCAUCGGCAACAGCAGCGUCGGGAAAACUUCCUUCCUGUUCCGCUACGCCGACGACUCCUUCAGCAACUCUUUCGUCAGCACCGUGGGCAUCGACUUCAAGGUGAAGACGGUGUAUCGCAACGACAAGAGGAUAAAGCUGCAGAUCUGGGACACGGCGGGGCAGGAGCGUUACCGCACCAUCACCACGGCCUACUACCGCGGUGCCAUGGGCUUCAUCCUCAUGUAUGACAUCACCAAUGAGGAGUCCUUCAACGCCGUCCAGGACUGGGCGACUCAGAUUAAGACGUACUCAUGGGACAACGCCCAGGUGAUCAUGGUGGGUAACAAGUGCGACAUGGACGAGGAGAGAAUCGUACCUCCAGAGAAAGGAAAACACCUGGCUGAACAGUUAGGCUUUGAGUACUAUGAGGCGAGCGCCAAGGAGAACAUCAACGUCCGGCAGGUCUUCGAGCGCCUGGUGGACAUCAUAUGUGUGAAGAUGUCCGAGCGUGUGGACGUGGAGGUGCCAGCGGCUCCAGGCACCAAGACCACCAGACUGACCGACAAGCCCGCCCAGCUACCUCAGAAGUGCUGCUGAUCGUCCGUCCGUUCAUCCCUCUGCUGUCGCCUCGUCUGCUCCCCCAAAAGCUUGAGAAAAAGAAAAAAACUGAUUAAUUAUUGUAACAUUCCUCAACACACUCUCUCUGCUUCAGUCCAUGUUUGUGAGCAGUCAAUAAUCACUAUGCCUACUGCGGUUUAUAUAGCCAGUUUCAUCCCCUUUCCGUCCCCAAGUAUCCGAGGUUGGUCCUUACAUAGGCGGAGGAGUAAGGGUGGCAGUGUACUCCAAUCAAAAUUUUAUUUGCUGUUUUUGAACAGGCGGUAAAGCUUAGAAAAAUUCAAGGAUGUUAUGAGAUUUAGUGCGAAUGGGAGAAUAAAAGCCUGGUCAAAGCAAAGUUCAUCCAUGUGACCUUGCCAAAUAGGUUGUUCGGUGUACGCAAGGACUACAUGCAGGGACAGUUGGCCACCAACACGCUAGCCAGCAAAAAAAAUGUAACACGAGUCCACUACAGUGAUUCUCCACCUGCCAGUUGGCAGCUAGUUGUACCUUUUAUUUGAGAUUUCUCUAUUGUGGAACAGGUUAUAGUCUGACAGAGGUCAUAUAGUCAUAUAACUAAAAGGGGAUGGUGCAACACAGCUAAUAAGCUACAAUAGUUUCCUUUGUUUUGAAAUAUUUUGCUCGGUCAAUGGUGCAAAUUUGAGUUCAAAAUAUUUAAAAUUGACACAAAGGAUUUUUAUGAAUUCAUUUCGUCCGUGCGAGCAAAUCCACUGAUUGCAACAAUUCCAUUGAAAAUAAAUAGAUUUGUGCAUUCAAUUUCACCAUUGUAAAUGCUGGUGUGACCAGGCUUCAAAGCUAGAUUUAUGCUUCUGCAAAGGCACAUUGUAAUGCAGAAAAGGCUGUUAUGCAUAACCAUCAUCACAGGGAAGCUAAGUAUCAAUAAGGUAUCCUGUGCCGCCCUGCACAUCAAACAAGCUAAUAGGUUGAUCCAACACCCUGUUGGGAAGAAAGGGUUCAAAGCAAACAAAUUAAUGUCGUACCCAAAGUCAGAAUGAACACAGCCUUAAAGCUUGAGUGCAACACACAUAAAGCGUUGCAUCAUUUGACAUAAAUAGCACAUACCAGACACCACUAUACCAGUAUAGCAGGUGAGAUUUAAAAUAACCCAAAAGGGCUCAUAAAAUCAUCUCACCAAAAUUUCUAAAACAUACUACUAAGCAUUUAAUUUAUAAUUGAAGCAUUUGUGAAGCUAAUGUAAUGAAAGAAGUUGAUGACACUGACACUUGAAAAUAGAACAGAAAAAGUCCUCCUAGAUGAAGACGCCAAAUUAGAUUUUGUUGCGAGUGCACUGCUGAGCGGAGCAGGGUCCACAGGUAAGCACAGCACUGCCUCUCCUCUCAAAGUGUAGCACAACGAGAAACUCACCACCACAGCUGCUCAUGUUCACAAGUUUACAGGUCGCAGUCAUUCACCCGUGAGUCAUUUGCCGAAAACAUCAGAUUAGGCUGCUUCUCAAAUAGCUAGUAAUAGUGAGUCCACUCGAAUACAAUAUGCCUAUAGCCUAACUUAACUGUUACUGGCCUUACUUAGUGCUGUUUAUGGCUUGAAAUACGCUUUAGGGCUACACCACCAAUGCACAACUCCCAGGCAGGGCUGCAGCCAAAAUCAUUAGAGGAGCAGGUCGAGUCCAAGACUGUCUAAAAAGAUGUCUGACAUUAAAGUCUAAUGCUGCUCUUUGGUGUUUUUAACAGUCUAAAAUUAAACAGAGAGUGCCUCCUGAUAGUAUUACAGGGUCCAUAUAGAUUAGUAGUGUUGUUAUUGGGUAGAGUUAUGAGACGCAUCAAUGUACAGUAUGCACUGAAACAAUAAUGACGGCACUUGUCCUUUCUUUAACAUAGAAAUCUACAGAAGCACAUUGCAUUCACCAAAGAAAGUCAUUUCUGGUAAUUAUGAAUUCUGCAUUUUUUGGAUCUUUUAAUUUCAAGAACACAUCCGUCAUACUGAGAUACAGAUCUUUAAAAUUGUGAGAUAAUUUUCUCACAGCAUUACGAGUUACGGAUCAUGUAAUCAUAACCACCUUUUUUUCUUUGGUGAAUCAAUGUAAUGCACUUCAAAAUCUCCGAAAUCUAUGAAUGAUGCUUUGUUUUGGCCUAGCAUGUGUUUAACUGACGACUCAAGGACAAGAAUUCUGGGAAAUCUGACAAUUCUCACUUCAAGGAAGUUAAUCGAUGACAAAUUUCUUUCAUGUGCACAGAACAAAUGUUGUGUGCAACUCCAGAUUGAUGAGCACAAUCGUUAUCGCCUCAAUCCUAAAUGUAUCUUUCCAGUUACCUCCAGCUUUUGUCAUAUUCUCCAGAUUCUCAGCACAGCUGAUGUGUGCUUCAUGGUGUUUAGACCCUUGAUGCAGAUAGGGAAAAACUCCCCACAAAAGACACUUAUUGGAUAGUUGGAUAGACACAAAAUGACCAUGAAAAGAAGCAAAAUAACCACAAAGAUAUGCAAAACAAGCACAAAGAAACAAAUAAAACACUGCAAAGAGACGCAAAACGACCUCAAAGUAGCAAAAGGACUACAAAAACAAUGCAAAACAAGCACAAAGAAACAAAAAAUUCAUACAAAAGGUCACAAAACAAUGUAAAAAAGAUGCAAAACAACUGCUAAAGAAGCAAAAAGAGAGGAAAAUAUAUCACAUAUAAUGUAUAAACUAAAAGAUUGGUUGAUUAAGCAUUCAAAUAAAUGAUGGAUGAAGUGAUAAAGUAAAUUGUUGUUAGUUGCAGUCGUAGAUCUGAUAAGUAAUUAGUUUGAAGCAUCUUGACCCCUGUUGCACAUUUUCAAACUAUGACUUGUCGAUUUAUUUACUAAUGUAAUUAGAAUUUUUUGUACUUUGUACAUUGUUUUCUAGUGUUUUCUGGGAGUAAAUGACCUACUUCUCAAAGUUCAGAAACCAAACUGGACAAAAAAAGAUAAUUUAAGCAGGUACAAGAUCCGGAUCAGACCCCUGCAGACAGCCAGAGACUCGACCCCAGACUGUCGCUGAGCGCUGCAGCCCUGCUACAUGGUGGCUUACAGCUUUUGCACUGGCCGACACAAUCCAACGCCAUACUGAGAGUGUUUUAUACUCACACACACAUAUGAGCAGAGCUGAUGAGUGAAGAGCACAUGAUUCUCUCCUUCCCCUUUAGCAGGUGUAGUCACUAGCCGUCAUGUUCGCAGUGUUUCCUACAUGAACGGGAGUGUGUUUGUGUGUGUGUGUGUUUGUGUGUGUGUGUGUGUGUGUGUGUGUGUGUGUGUGUGUGAGUGCGGUGUGUGUGUGUGUAAUAUUAGAGCCAACAUUGUGUUGCAUAUAGUUAUCAUGGUAUUUAUUGCGUGUUCAGUUGUAAGGGUUUUUUGUGUUUGUGUACAGUAUCUUUGACAGAAGUGAUAUAUUUAACAUGUCAUGACAGCUGAGACACAGUACGUGUGUGUUUACGAAAGA